GGAGUGUCUAAGACCAUCACAACUGUUCACAACACAACAAGCACUAAUGGAACGGAAAACUCUGGCUGCAAUAACAACAAACUUUCGCUGUUCAUAAUCAAAAAUACUAUAGUAAAUUUUAUCCAAACAAAAUUCUAGUGUUCGGAUUAAUCAAAUAUUUUAGCGUGUAGCAUCGUGUCAUUAUAUUCUAUCUGAGAUGGGUUCAGCAGAGUGCACAGUCAAAAACAUUGUUAAAACUCUUCAAAAUUUUGUUGAACAGCUGUCUUCAGUCGAUUCGAUUUUUGAGAUAGCUUCGUGCUCGUGUUUAUUACGAAAAUUCCAAAAUGGUCCAGCAGUUGAUGAAGUAAUUAAUUUAUCAAGAAAAUUUGCUUCAGAGAUACAGUGCCUUCUUGAAUCAUAUAACUCAGAAACAGAGGUUGACAACGUCACAAAUUUUGAUUUGAAUGAAGUCCCUGAAGCAGAAUGUCCUGACUCAAAUGAAGGAAUGCACAAAUAUUCAAAUGAAAUACCUGCUGAAAUUCAGAAUGACAACUCAAGCAAUGCUAAUCAGUAUCGAACUCGUCGUCAACGAAUGCUUCGAGAAGCUCAAACCAAGAAGCCCAUAUUAAUUGAGACUGUUAUGUCACCUUCAAAGCCUGAAAAGGAUAAAAGCAGUUCACCCGGUCGUAAAAGAAAACGCAAUGUAAGAACUGAAUGGCCUUGCACUCAAUGUUUGAGGAUAUUCUCCACCUCUGUCUACCUUGAAAAUCAUGUUAAAUAUGCCCAUGAAAUGAGUGAGCAAACGCUCGACAGAUUUUCCCAACUGGACAAAGACAGCUUGAAUAUUUUAUGUUGCUGCCAAUGUUUUCACACAUACAAAGACUUGGAAACAUUUACAAAGCACGACUGCAACUUGAAGGCAGAGGAACUUCAGGAGCUGGACCUCCCCAUUAAAGAAGGAGAAGAUCGACUUGUCAGACAUUUUGAUCAUUUAUUGGAACUUAGCUACCUAAUAUGCAACCAGUGCUGGGAGGAGUACAGAAGUCUCGACCGAAUGGUGUGCCACAUUGCAAAGUGCAAGCCAGGGCCAUACCUUUGCGAAAUUUGCAGCCAAAGCUUUGAAAACAAAAAGGAUCUAAACUACCAUAAGAAGAAAAAUCACAUGGAUACGCUCAGUUUUUUCUGUGAUUUCUGCGACGCCAAGUACAAAAACCGUCCUUCGCUUCAAAAGCAUUUGGUAAAGAAACAUGAGAAGAAUGAAGAUUCAUUUAAAUGUGAUGAGUGUGAAGAAAUUUUUACAAUGAAAAUUUUGCUCACUCGCCACAAGGAGCAGCAGCACAACUUAAUUAAAAAGUAUCUCUGCCAGGUUUGUGGAGAAGGAUUGAGCAACACUCAGAGCCUUAAAAUCCACGUAGCUCGCCACACUGAUAAGGAGAAGAAAUUCUCAUGUGGAAUAUGUGGGUCUAAAUUCAACAGAAAAGACAAACUGGUCUUUCACACUCGCAUACACACAGGGGAAAAGCCUUAUGUGUGCAACCAGUGCUCGAAAAGAUUCAUUAGAAAAUCCAAACUUGAUGAACACCUGCGCAGACAUCGGGGAGAAAAGAAACAUGAAUGUGAAGUUUGCAGCAAAAGGUUUUUGGUCGCUCAUGACCUAAGAGCACAUCAAAGGAGGACUCAUGCAUCCAAGGAAGCAGAUGUUGGAGAAGAAGCUGCGUCUGCCUCCGUCGAAAAAGACGAUAUCUUUGAAUUGGAGCCAAAAGAACCCAUUGAAGUUGAAAGCAAUGUAGCAGAUAUUAUAAUUGAAGUGGCCCAAGACAAUUUACAGUUUUCAAACGCAGAAACUGUUGAAUCAUUGCCCCUAAAUGCAGUCGAUUCUCUUAUUACAAAUGUUCCUCCGCAAAACAUUUUGUCCACUCAAAAUAUUUUGCAAACCCCCAGCCCUCUUCCAAUGCACAUCAUGACACCUGCUGCCAACGCUCUGCAGACACCUACUUUCUUCCAAGUUCCACAAACCUUGCAAAUUCAGCUCCCUAUUACUGUGUCUGGAGCUUCGCUUGACCUCUCACAAGUGGGGAACCAGCCCAUUAUUCUUACAAACUUCAAUACUUUAAGUAAUCUUCCGUUUUAGUAGAAUAAAAUAAAGUUAUUGUUUAAAGAACAAUAACUAUCCUCUAAACCUCAA